AUGGAGGAGGCAGAAAAGACGUAUCCUCAAUAUGACGACCUCAGUUAUGAUGACCUAACGACAGCUUUUAGUAGGUUAGAUACAAGGGUGAAGGGAGAGGCUAUGUAUGGUGAAGACCCUAUAGUGAUAACCAAUCUUAAAAGUGAACUGGACUAUGUAAAGGAUCUCAUGGAGAGACGUGCAAUAGAAGAAACAACUUUCACCGAAGGAAAUGAUGGUACAGUGAACAUUUCAGGUCCAUCAGGAAGCACAACUGUCCCAGAAGUCAACUUCGUGGAAGACCCAAACAAUGUACUUCCUGAUGUGCUAGAUGCAUUCAACGAAUCAUUUGACGCUGACUGGGAUGAAAUAGAAGCCCGCCUAGAGAAACUGAAAAAGUUCUCAGAAGACCGACUUACAGCAAAUAAAAAGAGAGAUUUCGAAAACCAAGUAGAGCGUGUUCAAGCUGUCACAAGA